GCCACAUGAAUUUCAGCCGAUGGUCUUCCCGCUUCUCUCGCUUAUCAUUUUUCUCCCCUUACCUUGCAUUCCUCUCCUCCUCCCCCCUCUCUCUCUAAAAAUAAAUAAAUAAAAACAACCUCAUCAUUUAGACAUAUCGCCCAGCGGUUUCGAUCCAAUCAGCCUCUACUAACACAAAACUGUUGGUUAAGUUAAAGGCUAUUUAUGUCACCACCUCUUUGUAACUUCUUUCUUCUCCAUCCACUCCCUCUCUAUUCUUCCUAUUCAAAUUUCUCUCUUCUCUCUGUAGAUAUUCAGAUCGGUUUGUGUUAGCCGUUUGAUCUGCAGAAGCACUAAAACUGAAGACCAAGUUUUGUUGAAUUGUAUUCCAAACUUUAUUUAGUGCCAUCAUUAUGGAAAAAGCAGCAGUUAGUGAGAAAGAUAUAACUAAUUCCCCAACUUCUGAGAAGCAUGAGGAAGAUGCAACAAUUGCUGAAGGUGAUAAUCAAAUGAGAGUUUCAGAGGAGGUGAACUCUCUAGACACAAGAAAGGACAAUCCCAAGCUGGACAAGGAUAAUGCAGAAUCUGAUGCUGGUGAAAGUAUUGAUGAGAGCAGUGGCUUAGAGUUUAAAUGUCCAGUUGACAAUGUUGUGAAACAUGAUGACUUGGGAAAGGAGUGUGAGAACAUGGGUAUGGAACCUAAAUCUGUUGGAGCAAAGUUAAACAAUGAUACUCAACGUGUUGUAUCUGGUGACAAGAUGGAUGAAGUUGGUGAUUUGGAGCCUAAAGCUGAAGAAGGAAACAAGCAAACACCAGAGGAAAUUCUUGGUGAGCAGAAGGAGCCAGAGCCUGUUUUUGAUGGAACAGAGGUUCCUGGGAUGGAAGCUAACAGAAGUACAUCUUUCCAUUCCUCAGAUGCUGAUCAUGAGGCUGAGGGGUCUGCUUGGCCUGAGAAGGCCGUGGCUCUUAAGAACUUUGUCAAGGAGAAGGGUGCAGUUGCUGUCACCAGUGUUCUUCGUGUUCUUUCUGUAAAAAGAGAUGAAGUGGAAUGGGUUACUGGUGAUGAAGAUAGGGAGGCUUCAGAUUCAGCUAAAGACAAAGAAGUAACAGAAGUUUCUCAGAAACCAGCGGACAGGUCUGCAUGGAAUCCUCUCAGCUAUAUUAUGUUUUCUCAUGAUGAUGCAGAAAACAAAUUUGAGCAGGGGGUGGAAGGAAGUGAAGAGCCACCACAACCUAUAGCCAUGAAGGGAAGAAUUAUACUGUACACAAGAUUAGGGUGCCAAGACUGUAAAGAGGUUAGGUUAUUUUUGCAUAGGAAAAGGCUCAGAUAUGUUGAGAUCAACAUUGAUGUAUACCCAAGUAGAAAGCUGGAACUAGAGAAGUUUACUGGAUCUUCUACUGUUCCUAAGGUGUUUUUUAAUGAAAUUGUAAUUGGAGGUUUGACUGAACUCAAUGGCUUGGAUGAGUCUGGCAAGCUUGGAGAGAAGAUUGAUUAUUUGAUUACUGAAGCUCCAGCAUCUGAAGCUCCUCUUCCUCCUCUUUCUGGUGAAGAUGAUGCUUCCACUAGUGGCUCAAUCGAUGAACUUGCACUUAUUGUUCGGAAAAUGAAAGAAUCCAUUGUUGUUAAGGAUCGAUUUUAUAAGAUGCGGAGGUUCACCAACUGCUUUCUAGGUUCAGAGGCUGUAGAUUUCUUGUCAGAGGAUCAAUACUUGGAGAGGGAAGAGGCUACUGAAUUUGGGCGAAAGCUUGUUAGCAAACUCUUCUUUCGACACAUUCUUGAUGAGAACAUAUUCGAGGAUGGUAACCACUUGUAUCGCUUUUUGGACAAUGAUCCUGUUGUGUCAUCUCAAUGCUAUAAUAUCCCAAGGGGCAUUGUUGAGGCAAAGCCUAAGCCCAUAACAGAAAUUGCAGCAAGACUCAGAUUUUUGUCCUGUGCAAUCUUUGAAGCCUUCACAUCAGUAGAUGGAAAGCAUGUUGACUACAGAAGUAUUCAUGGGAGUGAGGAAUUUGCAAGAUAUUUGCGGAUAAUUCAGGAGCUCCAACGAGUAGAAUUGCUAGAUAUGCCAAGGGAGGAGAAGCUUGCUUUUUUCAUAAAUCUCUACAAUAUGAUGGCCAUCCAUGCUAUAUUGGUGUUGGGUUUUCCAAAAGGAGCAUUGGAAAGAAGGAAGUUGUUUGGAGACUUCCAGUAUGUGAUAGGUGGGUGCACAUACUCUCUUUCAGCUAUUCAAAAUGGCAUUUUAAGGGGCAACCAGCGACCGCCAUACAAUCUUACCAAGCCAUUCGGUGUGAAAGAUAAGCGUUCCAAGGUGACUCUUCCCUAUGCUGAACCUUUAAUCCACUUUGCACUUGUUUGUGGUACCCGAUCUGGACCUGCCCUUCGAUGCUUCUCACCUGGGGACAUUGAUAAAGAACUGAUGGAGGCUGCCCGUGAUUUCUUAAGAGGUGGAGGGCUUAUUAUUGAUCUGAAUGCCAAGACUGCAUUCGCCAGCAAGAUCCUCAAAUGGUUUAGCGUGGAUUUUGGCAAGAAUGAGAUGGAGGUGCUCAAGCAUGCAUCGAACUUCUUGGAGCCAACCUACUCAGAAACUUUGAUGGAGUUGCUCGAUGGUGCUCAGCUAAAGGUGACGUACCAACCUUAUGAUUGGGGUUUGAACAAUUGAACUGUUAGUGUUAGCCCGGCGUCGUGUACCAUAUACAGGCUUCGUAAAGUAUACGGUUUCCCUUGUUAUACAAGUAUUCAAUAGAGGGAAGUACAAUUAUUAUGCUUAAGAAAUAUGAAUAAAUCCAUGUCAAUGUAUCUGCCAGCGAACAGCUAUCUAAUAUAUCAAAACCUUCAAAAUUUUGCUUUCCUGAAA